AUGCCUGUUCUCCAGCGAAGGGAAGAAUCAUGCUCGAACGCACUUGAUAUCUUAUUUAUCACCUCUGCCUUCGUCCUGCUUGGGCUAGUCCUUGGCGUUGUCGUCUACAAUUUCAGAAAGUGGUUCAGACCUCAGGCGUCACGAGAGUGGACACCACGCCAACCGUGGGACGUCUCUCCUAUCCGUCCUUCGUCGAUGUUGGAAACCAUUGUUGGUGUCUGGAUGGCGGACGAUGUUAAUCCGAAGUUCAUUCACCACGUAUCGUUGAAAGACUCGGCUCGCCUCGAGAAACUUGUUGAUGACGAAGGCUACGUUUAUGCCAAACGUGGCAUUCGGCCGGAGUUCGAGAUCAGUGGGGCGGGAGCCUCCCUUUGGGGCGACGUCUGUCUUGUUUUCUGCUCCAAUGCCAUGAAGAGCAUCGCGAUCCCGACGCACGUCGUCGUCUUAUUCAGAAGACUCGUCAACGUCGUCUCGACUCUCUCAAUCUCACACCACUAUUUCAAACACCACCACGACGAAAGUAGGCAGGCACCGUAUUACCAUCUCGGGACCCACGGAGACCUUAAGGCGUCGCGGACGAAGACUCAGGACUGUGAGGACGCAACGUGGUUUCAACAAUGUCGCUGGGAGGCAUUAUUGCCAUUUCAAGAGCAGUGGGAUAAUGUGAAGGACAAGUAUAUCAAUCAAGCAUCAUCUAUCUCAUUGCCAUGGUGGCCUUCGCUGUUCUCUUCUAGCAGCGAACGACGAGCUAGCUCAGCUCCAACACCAGAGAAACCAGACCAGACCGACCACCCACGACCACCACCUCGUCGGGAUGAUCAGCAUGAGACAGAGACACCUCGGGACAUUAUUCACCAACUAAUCGCCAACCCUGCUCUAUCUGACCCGCUUAGAACUCCCCGCUAUCCGAUUGUACUCUGUCAUGGCCUCUAUGGAUUUGACGUGCGAGGGCCCUCUACAUUCCCGACAAUGAGAAUGCAUUACUGGGCGAACGUUCUGUCUAUCCUCCGCGGCAAGCUAGGUGCGGAAGUGAUAGUCACGUCAGUUCCCGGAACCGGCAAUAUCUCGUCUAGGUCUGCUCGCCUAGAUGAGCAGCUCAAGGACAAGGCGAGAGGACGCGGAGUCAAUAUGCUUGCGCACUCUAUGGGUGGACUGGACUGCAGACAUCUAAUCACGCACGGCCGGCCCUCUGAGUACACCCCUCUAUCACUCACAACGAUCAGUACCCCUCAUCGCGGAAGUCCAUUCAUGGACUGGUGCGUCGACAACAUUGGGAUAGGAAAGCUCCGCGAGCAGGAAAUCGAGUUGCUCAAGAAUGGCAAACACUCUCAAGGUUCCGAGGGGCCACCACCUAUGACAGCGAAUGGAGAUUCCAAUGGUCAAUCACCGUCGACACCUUCGUCCUUUAACUUCUCAUCCCUCCCAUCGUCCUUCACCACCCUCUUGCUUUCGGUCGUGGAUUCUCCAGCCUACGCCAAUCUCACCUCAACAUACCUCAAUGACGUGUUCAACCCAGCUACACCGGAUGAUCCAAGAGUCAAGUACUGGAGCGUCGCGGGUCGCGUCCCCGGUGUUAGCAUAUUGCAUCCUUUCUGGUUCACGAAGAUGAUUGUCGAUGAUGCGGAGGAGCAGCAGCGGAUGCAGCUCAUGCAAGAACAUUUCGACAAGCAUGAUAUUAACGACUGGGAACCGCACCCACCGCGGCCUCCUCUCUGGGCGGACGAGCAUGAAUGGGGCAAUGAUGGCUUGGUGACAGUGCAGAGCGCUAAGUGGGGAGAAUUCCUUGGUGUUCUGGAUGGCUGCGACCACUGGGAGAUGCGAGGUGCUCGAGGAAUCGAGUUUGGUGUAGACCUUCCUGCAAUCCCAGUCAUCGGGCUGGGUGUCUCAACUUCGGCAGCUUCAACGUCCGCCGCUUCCGCGAAGAAGGAAUCAUCAUCGACCAGGGAAUGGACCAGGUUCCUCACUGGCUGGAAGCGAGACGUGAAGCCUUCCUCUGACAAGGAAAGCGUUUGUGAAACAGACAGGGAAGUUCGAGAGCCUACGUUGGAGGAGAGGGAGCAUGAGUUCCGCAAGGGAGAUCAAGUCGUGCGCUCCUCUACUGAGCGCCUGUCUGUCGUGGUCGACUGGCUAGUGGAGCAAAUACCCGGCCCUCAAACCCUCGUCAGCGCCACAAAGAUUCCCUACCUCAGCACUUCUGGGGCUUCAGAUUCGGGUAACGGAACUCAGGAGCAACGUCCAUUCGAGAAGACUGCUACUGAGGAGAUGAAGAAGCUUUCAGCGGAAAUGGUGUCUCUUACUGCUGGUUCUGGCGCUUCCGGUAUCGACAUUUCCAUCCUACCCUCGGCAAAGCCAGAAACGUUAAGGAAGGAGGUCAAGAAGAUGAUGGAGCGGGAGAGGAAACAGUGGAGGAAGAAUGAGCUGGAGACGAAGGCCGAUCUAGAGCGUUUCUAUGUCGCCAUGGCUCGGAAGAUGUGGGACGAGGGAUUGUAG